UGUCCUGACAACGUGACGCUGCUCACGACUGCUUGCACAACAUCAUCUAAUCUAAAGUUCAAGGUAUCAGAGGCAGGUCUGCAGCGGAGAACUGCAGCGCUUCAAUCAUUCUGCUGCUCCGGUGACGACGGCACCGUUCUGACUGUCAGAGUUUAAGAGACGAUGGGAGAGUGGGGAUUUCUGUCUUCUCUCCUGGACAAGGUCCAGUCCCACUCCACUGUGAUCGGGAAAGUGUGGCUCAGCGUCCUGUUUAUCUUCAGGAUCAUGGUCAUCGGAGCUGGAGCGGAGAAGGUCUGGGGUGAUGAACAGUCCAACAUGAUCUGCAACACCAAACAACCCGGCUGCAAAAACGUCUGCUACGACCACGCCUUCCCCAUCUCACACAUUCGAUUCUGGGUUCUUCAGAUCAUUUUUGUCUCCACUCCGACCCUGGUCUACCUGGGCCACGUCCUGCACGUCAUUCAUAAGGAAAACAAGCUUAGAGAAUACAUCGAGUCCCACUCCACGAACCAAAUCACCAAACAGCCCAAGUACUCUGAUGAGAAAGGUCACGUCAAGAUUCACGGCAACCUCCUGGGAACCUACAUGACCUCCAUCGUCUUCAGAAUCCUCCUGGAGUUGACCUUCAUCGUGGGGCAGUACUAUCUGUACGGCUUCGUCAUGGACCCCAGAAUCGUUUGCUCCCGCGCUCCGUGUCCCUUCACCGUGGAGUGCUACAUGUCCCGACCCACGGAGAAGACCAUCUUCAUCAUCUUCAUGCUGGUCAUGUCCUGUGUCUCUCUGCUGUUCAACGUGGUGGAGAUCUUCUACCUGGUCUGCUGCAACUCCAGAAAGAGGAGGGCGAAAACGGUGCAGGCUGCUGCCAUUUCCAUCCAGCCACGUCUUCACAGCAGAGGUCUGUCCCAAAGUUAGAAGUUUGACACCAGCAGGGCCUGAGCAACUCCAGGAACAGCAUCCCAAAAAUUGACCAACCAAAAAUAAGAAAGAAAACCAAGAACAACGCCUCCGUAGUUAAAGCUCAAAGCUAUUUACUGGGGUGAUGUUUAGAAGUUGCCAAAGAAGAAAUUCACAGACGUGUGUUGGCUUUUCAACAUCAAAAGAAAUGCAUAUUUAUGAUACCUGAAAAGUCUGUGUGUCCGUCGGUGUUCGGCUGAAGGGUCGGUACUGAGUUCUUCUGAAUUCUUCUCUUCUUUUAUAAAAUUGUAAAUAUUUGUAAGUCCAAAAUUUGUUUUGUAUUUUUGAUUUGUUUUGUAUUUUGACCUGGCUACUACAGUACAACUGUGUAUGUGUCAGUGAUUACUGACGUGAAAAGUUGAAUAAAGCACAGCUGAGCCCAG